AUGCCUCGGAAAGCGUGGGUGGAAGAAAUGAUUGUGAUGACACACCUCGUGGCGCCGAAACUGAUCGACCCUCGAGAGAUUACAACGGAAGAAUCUGUAUUCCAGACACGCAGUAACCAGGAGCUGAAAAUAUAUCGUGCUGGUCCUCCCGACCCUAAGCCGAAAACAGAUGAGAAGAAGGAACAAGAUGCAAAAACAGAAGACAAGAAAGAAGAGUCAGGAAGCAGCCCGCAACGGAGCCGACCCAAACCUCGCGGUGCAUCUCGGUCUACUGGAGGCGAAGCAGACACCGCUAAAAAAGGAGGAGGAGAAGCUAAACCUGGCUCAGACAGGGAUGACAAAAAGCCAAGCGAUGAAAGAGGCACAGGAAGGGGCAGUCAAGCAGCAGCGUCUGGUGCAAGGCCCCCUAGAAGCCCGCGGCGGCAAACCCAAGAAAUCACCGACGAAAGUAAAGGGGAAGGCAGUGAAACUGACGAAGAAGCAGAAGAAGAAGAGGAAUCUAAACAAGACACUGAUGAAAGGAAGCAAACGAACCGUCGCAAUGCACAGGAAAGGCGUAAACGCCCAGAGCGGAAGAAAGAAGAUGAUCCCGAAGAAGACUCUGAUGAUGAUGCAGCGGACGGAGAGGAAGACGAAGAUGACAAGAAGAAAGAGGAGAAAGAGGACAACAGUGGACAAAAAGGAAAGCGGCAAGCAAGGCGUUCCCGAGAUGAAGACAAUGAAGAUGACAUCGAAGAUGAUGAGUCUGACAGCGACGAGCCACAACCUCGCAAAGACGAAAGGAGUAACCGAAGGCAAACGCGAAAUAGUUUUCAGCGAGGGCGGAUGACAGAAGAAGUCAGCGAUGACGAUGAUGAUGAUGAUGAAGACCGCACAUCAAGAGGACGCGAGGAGGCGCGGCGUUCACAGCGUUCACAAGGCCAGCAGCGUCGAAGCAGCCGCCCCCGUUCUGACUCCGUUAGCGAUGACGAAGAUGACGAUGAAGCACAAGCGAAGAAAGAACAGACACAGCGUUCCACUCGUGCGCGCACUCAGCAAGGUCAACGUAGCCGUUCUCGCCCAGACUACAAGGAUGAUGAUCAAGACGAUGAUGAUGACGACGACAGUGCCUCUGAGGAGAAAGAGGGACCACGGCGUUCCAACGGAUUGAAAAGUCAACAAGCGCGUAGAAACCGUCCCCGUUCCGAUGAUAAGAACCAGGAUAGUGAUGAUGAUGACGAUGAUGGAAAAGAGGAUGAUAGGAAUUUGGAGGAGAGAAACGAACAGCAGCGUUUCGGGGGCCCGCAGGGGCAGCGGGCUCGAAACAGCCGUUCUCGUCAUGAAGAAAAAAGGGAUGAUAACGAUGAUCUUGGCGAUGAUGACGAAAACGUUAGCAAUGAUGACGAUGGCGAUGGCAAUGGCGAGGAUGAUAAUGCACCACAAGACAGGAAUAAACCUCGACGUUCAGCGCGCCAGCAAAAAAGCGUUCGGAGCAACCGUUCGCGCUCGGACGAUGAUGAUGAUGAUGAUGAUGCAGAAGAAGAGAGCGAGGAGCCGCGGCGCUCCGCGCGCUCCCAAAGGCCGCCUAGCCAAGCUUCUCGUUCCCGUAAAGUUGAAGAAGGUGGUCGUGAUGAUGAUGACGAAAGUGCUGCAGAAGAUGAAGGUGAUGAUGCGGAAGGUAGUGAAAAAGAGCAUGAAGGAGAGGAAGACGAUGACGAUCUGGAUGAGAAUAGUGAAGGAGAGGAAGAAGAGGAUAAUGACAGGGAUGAGGAGGGCGAGCAGGACGAUGAUGAUGAUGUAGAUGAAGAACAACGAGAAGGCAGCGCUGCAGCCGCGCCAAGGAGAAGAAGGCAAAACGACAGGGAAAAAAUAGAGUCAGACCCCGAGGCGCACGUAGACACAGAAGAAGAAGACUUUGACGAAAGCGGAGAUGAAGAAGACGAUGACAGAGAGGAUCCCGAAGAGGAUAUAAGGAGGAACGCAGACUCAGGGAGAGCCCGCAGAUCGUCAACGGUAAGCCGUACCACGGCUACCACGACCCCACGCCCUCAGUCAUCGCGAGCUCGGACUCCUAGAUCAACGACUCAGGAUGUCUCUGGUGCACGUGGACGGGUGCAAAGGAGACAAACACAAUACGAGGACACUGACUCAGAAACAUCCCAAAGCCGUCGCCGACGUGCCGCACUCACAAGUGCUGACGAUGACAAUGAUAGCGGCGAAGAGUUUAGUUAUGAAAAUGAAAAUGAAGAUGAGUUUAGUGAUGGAGAUGGAGACGAAGAUGAAGAUGAGGACGAGGACUAUCUGGAGGAUACUUUCCAGUCAGAAAGUUCUGAAUUCAAAACACUUCCCUCCUUCAGACGCAGUAGCACAUCUGCUGUUCGAGAAAAUGCCUCUUCAUCUAGGGAUGGACCCCGCAGAAGGGUCAGAGGUGGUUACUAUACUUCUGAAGAGCCCGCAGGAGAUGAUGACAGAGCCACUGGCAGCAGAGACGACUCCGCUGAGAGUGAGCGAAAGCCGCCUCAGAGGGGUUCCCGACAGGAUGGGCAGCCAAGUGGACGGCUUGGAAGACCAGAGAGAAGCCGCACGGGAGCUACUGGACAAGAUGGUACAGUUGACCCAAAUGAAAAUGAAGAGUCCGAGGCUCAGAUCCGAGGUGGCCUAUUACCUCGAUAUCUGGCGGCAGUAGAGAACGGUACCAGCACGUCAACCACCUCUCCCGCUUAUCUACAAGACACCUCACGGAGCUCUAGUAGCGUCAGAGCAACUGCUGCUGAAGUAUUUAGCAGCACACAACAAGUGCGGCCUCAGGUUCGCAGUACGCUACCUGAAACGUUCACGACAAAGAAAGCCACAACAAUUGCACGCACUUCUUUCUCCAGUCGUAGCAGAGGCUUUUCUUCCAGUGCUGCUUCGGGCAUUUUGGACUUCACUACUACUGUGCCGCGCUCUGCAGAGCCUGAUAACCAGAAGACCCAGGCUCAAACAGGAAGCACUUCCAUCACGCUAACCAGCACUCGCGACCCAACAAGUAAAAGUAUUACCACCAGAGUGCGCAGCCCACGGACCUCACGCAGGGAAGUGACGGCCACCAAUCCAACUACUGCCACUGGUGAUCACUCCACAAGCAUUCACCAGCCCACGAAUGACAGUACCACGCGGGCUGGCAUGCCUUUGGAUUCUCAAAGGCGUUCAAGCAGUACACAGGCUGCAUCCACCGGGACAGAGUCGCAGCGUGCAGAUGUCCAGCGGUCCAGUUUCAUGAAUGCACAGGGAAGAAGCGGCGGCCUCACAGGCAGGGUCCGCAGCUCCACUGAAGCGCCAGUAUCAGGUGUCUCGCCAUGGUCGCCGCGCUCAGGAGUGCUGCAAUUUUCAACACCAGCACCAACAGGAACAACAGCAGAUUCCCUAUCGAGACCCGGACACACUUCCAAACGGCAAGAAACCAAUAGUGAGGCUGGCGCAGAUGGUGACCGUGGGGACAGCGGCAGCGCACGUACGACAGCUAGUCGCACACCCAGGGCUUCGCAAGGAGUAAUUUCAGGCUCAUCUACGAGAGCACCACGGACCAACACUACAUUGACAACAUCACGGCCAAGCCAAUCUAGAAGCACAGCUGAGGCUGACAGUGGGGAUGAAGCAGAAAAUGACCGUGGAAGCACUGGCAGUGCCCGUACAACAGCAAGCCGCACACCAAGGGGGUCACAUGCUGAAAGACCCAGCUCAUCUACGCGAACCCCAAGAAGCGGUACAACACUGACAACACCGCGGCCAAGCCUAUCUAGAAGCACAGCAAAAAGUGACAGUGAGGAUGAAGCGGAAGACGACCCUGGGAACGGUGGCAGCACACGUACAACAGCAAGUCGCACACCCAGGGGUUCGCAAGGAGGAAUUUCAGGCUCAUCUACGAGACCACCACGGGGCAGCACUACACGGACAACAUCGCGGCCGAGCGGAUCUAGAAGCACAACAGAAAGUGAUAGUGAGGAUGAAGCAGAAGAUGAGCGUGGCAGCGCACGUACAACAGCAAGUCGCUUACCCAGAGGAUCGCAAGCUGAAAGACCCAGCACAUCGUCGCGAGCCCCAAGGGGCGGCACGACGCUUACAACACCGCGGCCAAGCCAAUCUAGAAGCAAAGCGGAAAGCGAUAGUGAGGAUAAAGGAGAAGACGACAGUGGCAGCGCACGUACAACAGCUAGUCGCUCACCAAGGGGAUCUCAGGGAGGAAGAUCCAGCUCAUCUACGCGAAUUGCACGAAGCGGCACUACACUCACAACAUCACGGCCAGGCCAAUCUAGAAGCACAGCAGAAAGCGAUACUGAGUAUGAAGCAGAAGACGACAGUGGCAGCGCACGUACAACAGCAAGUCGCACACCAAGGGGAACUCAGGGAGGGAGAUCCAGCUCAUCAUCACGAGCCCCACGAAGCGGUAGUACACUGACCACAUCGCGGCCAGGCCAAUCUAAAAGCACAGCAGAAAGCGAUAGUGAGGAUGAAGGAGAAGAUGACCGUGGGAGCCCUGGCAGUGCACGCACAACAGCAAGUCGUUCACCCAGAGGAUCGCAAGCUGGAAGAUCCAGCACAUCGUCGAGAGCUCCGAGGGGCGGCACUACAUUGACAACACCGCGGCCGAGCCGAUCUAGAAGCACAGCAGAAAGCGAUAGUGAGGAUGAAGCCGAAGACGACAGUGGCAGCGCACGUACAACAGCAAGUCGCAAACCGAGGGGAUCUCAGGGAGGAAGAUCCAACACAUCAUCGCGAGCCCCAAGGAGCGGCACUACACUCACAACAUCGCGGCCAGGCCGAUCUAGAAGCACAGCAGAAAGCGAUAGUGAGGAUGAAGCAGAAGACGACAGUGGCAGCGCACGUACAACAGCUAGUCGCUCACCCAGAGGGUCACAAGCUGGAAGAUCCAGCACAUCAUCACGAGCCCCAAGGGGCGGUACUACACUCACAACAUCGCGGCCAGGCCGAUCUAGAAGCACAACCGAGGCUGACAGUGAGGAUGAAGCAGAAGAUGAGCGUGGCAGCGCACGUACAACAGCUAGUCGCUCACCCAGAGGAUCGCAGGGGGGAAGAUCCAGCUCAUCAUCACGAGCCCCAAGGGGCGGCACUACACUCACAACAUCGCGGCCAGGCCGAUCUAGAAGCACAGCAGAAAGCGAUAGUGAGGAUGAAGCCGAAGACGAUAGUGGCAGCGCACGUACAACAGCUAAUCGCUCACCCAGAGGAUCGCAAGCUGGAAGAUCCAGCUCAUCAUCGCGAGCCCCGAGGAGCGGCACUACACUCACAACAUCGCGGCCAGGCCGAUCUAGAAGCACAGCAGAAAGUGAGGAUGAAGCCGAAGACGAUAGUGGCAGCGCACGUACAGCAGCUAGUCGCUCACCAAGAGGAUCGCAGGGGGGAAGAUCCAGCACAUCAUCACGAGCCCCAAGGGGCGGUACUACACUCACAACAUCGCGGCCAGGCCGAUCUAGAAGCACAACCGAGGCUGACAGUGAGGAUGAAGCAGAAGAUGAGCGUGGCAGUGCACCUACAGCAGCUAGUCGCUCACCAAGAGGAUCGCAGGGGGGAAGAUCCAGCACAUCAUCGCGAGCCCCAAGGGGCGGCACCACACUCACAACAUCGCGGCCAGGCCGAACUAGAAGUACAACGGGAAGUGAGGAUGAAGCAGAAGAGGAGAGUGGUAAUCCACGUACAACAGCAAGUCGCACACCAAGGGGAACUCAGGGAGGGAGAUCCAGCUCAUCAACGCGAGCCCCACGAAGCGGCACUACACUGACAACGUCGCGGCCAGGCCGAUCUAGAAGCACAGCCGAGGCUGACAGUGAGGAUGAAGCAGACGAAGACCGUGGGAGCCGUGGCAGAGCACGUACAACAGCUAGUCGCCCAGCAAGGGGAUCGCAGGCUGAAAGAUCCAGCUCAUCAUCGCGAGCUCCGAGGGGCGGCACUACGCUGACAACAUCGCGGCCACGUCGCACGACCACUAAAAAAGGGGAUGGUGCUUCGGAGGACGAAGAAGAGGAGAGUGCUGACACAACGCGCACCACAAGUGCCCGCGCACAAAGGGGUCGUGGCUCCAGCACAGCUCAAUCCCGCGGUAGGGAAAGUCCCAAAGUCAGGGCGUCCUCUACAGAUGAGGAGGAGGACAAGGACGAUAGCGGCAAUGCAGCGGAGAGAAGCACGAGACCUGCGCCUGACAGAUCAUCGAGGAGCACAAGAGCUGGCAGGCAGACAACUGGGUCCGGAGGAGGUGGUGGCUCAACAGAAGCAAAGAAACGGACAACCCGGAGGUCUCCUCCCGGCGGAGGUAGGGGAGCGGGUCCUGCUAGAGAGAAAGAUGGCGGGGGACCCGCGAAAGCUGGCAAAGUAAUCGAAAAUGGGACUCGAGAUAUGCGUCAACUCCGUGUUGUAGUGAACGGCUUUGAGUCGAAAGUCGUCGAGGUUGUUAAGGCCAAACGUGGUUUCAUCUACAAGAUUGACAACAUGCUGCCUUUCAGAUGGAAUCCUGGUCCCACCAUUGUCAACUUCUUUCGAGAAACACCAGAAUAUGUCAAGCUUAAUUACUUCCUACAAAAGCUUCCGCUCAAGCUACGUGAUCAGAUGGAGCGCGCUGGGCCAGUGACAAUUUUUGUGGUUCGCGACAACGGCUGGGUGUUUCCCAAUGGCCAGACGGUGCCGAAGUGCGUUUUCGACGCUCUUGGGAAGCCUGGAAAUGAGCACAUAAUUCAAGGGAUCUUCCAGUGGUUUGCUCUCCCCGGUCUCUUUCCAAGGAAAUUGAUAGAGAAUCGUGACUGGCUUCCUGUUCUGGGCAAGCCUCCCAAGCUCGCCGUUGCUCACCUGAGGAGGCCGUGCCCACCAGGGGGACCAAAACGUCGGCCAACAACAAGCACUACUACAACUGCAUCAACUCAGUCAAAAGGAUCCACCACGAAGCGCAGUGAAAAGCCUUCCACUAAGUCGGGGGGUGCUUCAUCUACAGCGCAUAGCGGGAGGCGGCCUGAUGCCGACUCCAGCAGUGCUUCCACCACAGCGAGGGAGCGAGGCCGCAGCUCCGCAUCUGCAGGAGCAGACUCGGGGGCUAGAGGACGCUCACCGUCUUCCUCGAGUUCGCGGGAACAGAGCAGUGCCACAAGCAGGACACGAAGUACGACUUCGCCGCCUGAUGGUGAUGAUGCAACCAGCAGCAGGGCACGAUCUACGAGGGCUUCACCAGGAAACUCAACAACAAGCAGAAGGGAGCGUACUACCACAGAAUCUAGUGAUGGGUCAAGAACAAGCCGAGGGGCAAGAACGACCACAACAGCAGCGGAUGACAGCUCUACCUCAAGCAGAAGAUCACGAUCUACUACGACCUCAGCUGCUGAUGACUCUGCUACAAGUAGGAGAACAAGACCUACAACAACUUCAGCCGAUGAAGAUUCCGUCUCAAGCAGAAGGACACGCGCUACUACGCCUGCGCCAGACGGUGACUCUAGCACAAGCAGGAGGUCAAGGUCCACUACAACUUCCUCAGCUGAUGACUCUGUUACAAGUAGGAGAACAAGACCCACAACAACCUCACCCGAUGAAGACUCUGUAACAAGCAGGAGGACAAGGCCCACCACCAAAGCAUCAGACGAAGACGCCGUCAUGAGCAGAGGGACAAGACCUUCCACAACAGCAGCAGACGAAGACUCCGUCACAAGCAGAAGGACACGGGCCAGUACACCUGCACCAGAUGGUGGCUCUAGCACAAGCAGGAGGUCAAGAUCCAAUACAACUUCUUCAGCCGAUGACUCUGUUACAAGUAGAGGAACCAGGCCCACAACAACCUCACCCGAUGAAGACUCUGUAACAAGCAGAAGGACAAGACCUUCCACAACAGCAGCAGACGAAGACGCCGUCACAAGCAGAAGGACAAGACCUUCCACAACAGCAGCAGACGAAGACUCCGUCACAAGCAGAAGGACACGGGCCAGUACACCUGCACCAGAUGGUGGCUCUAGCACAAGCAGGAGGUCAAGGUCCACUACAACUUCCUCAGCUGAUGACUCUGUUACAAGUAGGAGAACAAGACCCACAACAACCUCACCCGAUGAAGACUCUGUAACAAGCAGGAGGACAAGGCCCACCACCAAAGCAUCAGACGAAGACGCCGUCAUGAGCAGAGGGACAAGACCUUCCACAACAGCAGCAGACGAAGACUCCGUCACAAGCAGAAGGACACGGGCCAGUACACCUGCACCAGAUGGUGGCUCUAGCACAAGCAGGAGGUCAAGAUCCAAUACAACUUCUUCAGCCGAUGACUCUGUUACAAGUAGAGGAACCAGGCCCACAACAACCUCACCCGAUGAAGACUCUGUAACAAGCAGAAGGACAAGACCUUCCACAACAGCAGCAGACGAAGACGCCGUCACAAGCAGAAGGACAAGACCUUCCACAACAGCAGCAGACGAAGACUCCGUCACAAGCAGAAGGACACGGGCCAGUACACCUGCACCAGAUGGUGGCUCUAGCACAAGCAGGAGGUCAAGAUCCACUACAACGUCUUCAGCCGAUGACUCUGUUACAAGUAGGAGAACCAGGCCCACAACAACCUCACCCGAUGAAGACUCUGUAACAAGCAGAAGGACAAGACCUUCCACAACAGCAGCAGACGAAGACGCCGUCACAAGCAGAAGGACAAGACCUUCCACAACAGCAGCAGACGAAGAUUCCAUCACAAGCAGAAGGACACGGGCCAGUACACCUGCACCAGAUGGUGACUCUAGCACAAGCAGGAGGUCAAGAUCCACUACAACUUCUUCAGCCGAUGACUCUGUUACAAGUAGGAGAACCAAGCCCACAACAACCUCACCCGAUGAAGAUUCUGUAACAAGCAGAAGGACAAGGCCCACCACCAAAGCAUCAGACGAAGACUCCGUCACAAGCAGAAGGACAAGACCUUCCACAACAGCAGCAGACGAAGACUCCAUCACAAGCAGAAGGACACGGGCCAGUACACCUGCACCAGAUGGUGACGCUAGCACAAGCAGGAGGUCAAGAUCUACUACAGCCUCAGCUGCUGAUGACUCUGUUACAAGUAGGAGAACACGACCCACAACAACUUCAUCCGAUGCAGGCUCUGUUACGAGCAGAAGAACAAGACCUUCCACAACAGGAGCAGACGAAGACUCCGUCACAAGCAGAAGGUCAAGACCUUCCACAACCGCACCAGACGAAUACUCCGUCACAAACAGGAGGACACGGAUCAGUACGUCUGCACCAGAAGAUGAUUCUGGCACGACCAGGAGGUCACGAACUCCUACAACAUCCUCCGCUGACGACUCUGUUACAAGUAGGAGAACCAGGCCCACAACAACUUCACGUGGUGAAGAUUCCGUUACAAGCAGAAGGACAAGACCUUCCACAACACCAGCAGACGAAGACUUCGCCACAAGCAGAAGGACACGGGCCAGUACGCUUGCACCAGAAGAUGACUCUGGCACAACCAUGAGGUCACGAUUCACUACAGUCUCAGCUGAUGAUGACUCUGUUACAAGUAGGGGAACACGACCCACAACAACUUCAGCCGAUGAAGAUUCCGUCACGAGCAGAAGGACAAGACUCCCCACAGCCGCAUCAGACGAAGAAGCCGUCACAAGCAGAAGGACAAGACCUUCCACAACAGCAGCAGACGAAGACUCCGUCACAAGCAGAAGGACAAGACCUUCCACAACAGCAGCAGACGAAGACUCCGUCACAAACAGAAGGACAAGACCUUCCACAACAGCAGCGGACGAAGACUCCGUCACAAGCAGAAGGACAAGACCUUCCACAACAGCAGCGGACGAAGACUCCGUCACAAGCAGAAGGACAAGACCUUCCACAACAGCAGCGGACGAAGACUCCGUCACAAGCAGAAGGACAAGACCUUCCACAACAGCAGCAGGCGAAGACUCCGUUACAAGCAGAAGGACAAGACCUUCCACAACAGCAGCAGACGAAGACUCCAUCACAAGCAGGAGGACAAGACCUUCCACAACAGCAGCAGACGAAGACUCCGUCACAAGCAGAAGGUCAAGACCUUCCACAACAGCAGCAGACGAAGACUCCAUCACAAGCAGAAGGACACGGAUCAGUACACCUGCACCAGAUGGUGACGCUAGCACAAGCAGAAGCUCUCGACCUACUACGGCCUCAGCCGAUGACUCUGUUACAAGUAGGAGAACACGACCCACAACGCCUUCAUUCGAUGCAGACUCUGUUACGAGCAGAAGAACAAGACCUUCCACAACAGCAGCAGACGAAGAUUUCGUGACAAGCAAAAGGACAAGGGCUAGUACACCUGCACGAGAAGAUGAUUCUGGCACGAGCAGGAGGACACGAUCUACUACAGCCUCAGCUGCUGUUGACUCCGUUACAAGUAGGGGAACAAGGCCCACGACAGCUUCAUCCGAUGAAGAUUCUGUCACGAGCAGAAGGACAAGGCCUUCCACAACAGCAGCAGGCGAAGACUCCGUUACAAGCAGAAGGACAAGGGCUAGUACGCCUGCACCAGAAGAUGAUUCUGGCACAAGCAGGAGGUCACGAUCAACUACAACUUCUUCACUCGAUGACUCUGUUACAGGUAGGAGAACGAGACCCACAACAACUCAAUCUGAUGAAGCUCCUGUCACACGCGGAAGGACAAGCUCUACCACUACGCCACCAAACGAUGAUACUGUUACAAGUAGGACAAAGCUUUCAAGCUCUAUUCCAUUUGAAGCAGAUCAGCAAACAGCUCGAAAAUCUUGGCGAAGCCGCACAGCUGCAGCCGGUGAAUCCGGACUUAGCUCAUUGACCGAAACUGCAUUGAGCACUACUGCACCUGAUGCAUUUGUUGGAGUGACAACGAGUCGUUUUUGGCCGCAAUUUGGUGGCCACAACGAUGAGAUCGGGCUGGCCGAUGAGGAGGUGACGGACAGAUUUUCCGGCGAAGAGGGUAGGUGUGAGCGCGGGCAGUGCGCGUCUCCUGAUUUCUUGGGAACUACAUCGCGGCCGAUGCCAGCAAGGAAAGGCUGGGGCUCCCUGCAGUACGACAGUAACGAUUACACACACGGAUUCCUCAGGGCCACACACAGCGAGAAAAAUGACGUGCGCAUGGGUAUACUUCAGCCUGAACACCUUACGGACCUCUCUGAUGAUGGUGACUCCACGAAGAUUAUGCAUGGAAUCCUUCCCGAAGAUAUAACAGAGGCUCUGGAGUACAACGAUAUAGACUACGAGGGACUGCUACCUCGGCUGCUUCAAGAAAGGCCACAACGACCAAGGAGUUCAGGGGCUCCCGCUGGGGCGCGCCGCGAAGAGGGAGAGCAAUCAUCAGGUGGGUCCAACAAGCCUGACGAUGACUCAAAGGCAACAGCAAAGAAACCUGGAACCGCUGAGAGUAAAGAAGACGAGGACGAAGAAUACCCUGACCAUUGCGGGGAUCUCGCAACGUUUGUUGAGGGCCGCCAAAUCAUUGAAUGGGUCAGUCAGCAGUAUGACGAUGCAGACUUGCGAGUAGAAAGCACAGGAGAGACUUCUCCAACAGAUAUUCCAAUCUUCAACGGAAUUGUACAUGUGCUUGGUUCAUCUGUCUUGCGACCGGAUAUCGAGUCGAUCGCAACCAAUAUUGCUUUCUGGCAGUGCACCCAUCAGUUCUGCUUUGAGUGCCCGAUGCUGACGCCGUUCUUGCUCAAAUUCCUUGACGACAUCGGCAUUAUAACGGGGAAGAAGCCCUUCGAAUUCUCACCUCCUCCUGGCGUCCGUCCAGAUUGGGUUUGCAGGGGAGCUUUCGACUACUACCCAGCAGGCUGGACGAAACAGUCUUGGCUUAAGUAUCUUGAGACAAUGCACUCAGCUGAUAAAAGAACCAUGAAAAGGAAUGCUGAGCUCGUGACCAGGGCUGCUUAUGAGCGGCAACAAAUAGCCUUACUUUACGAGAGCGUUCGGUUACAGUCAAUUGAGGCAAGGCGAAGAUAUGAUCCCUUGCGCCCGAUAAGCGACCCGAUGUACGACCCGAACUACAAAAACAUGAAAAAAUCCUUUGACGAGAAGAAUUUCGAGUGUAAGGGCGAGGUGGUCAAUAGAGAACUCACGCAUAAACAGAUGCACAAAAUUCUUCCAGCUGUCUACCCGUGGAAAGGCUGA